AUGGCUCCCUGGUGGGAGCUGGGGGAAGCGCCGCCGGGGCUGGAUCCAGUGGCUCCCCCUGCUCCCGGAGCGGGGUGUCCCCGGGGGCACCUGCGAGGCUGCAGCUGCCGACCAGGACGGGCACCCGCUCCCCAGAACCACGUGUCCGGUGUCGGCCCAUCUCCUGCGACACCUCCUGCCCGGAGGGCUUCGAGUACCGAGCCAGGAGCGGCACUGCUGCGGCUCGUGCCACAGCUGGCAUGCUCCGUGAAGGCGCAGAACGGCUCCCUCCACCUGCUCCAGCCGGGGGACAUCUGGUCCGACCCUGGAAAUGGCUGCAUCAAAUAUCACUGUGAGAAGGUGCACGACCAGCUGAUUCUGGUGACCGAGAAGAUGGCGUGCCCGAACUUUGACCCCAACACCUGCCCCCUCGAGAGCGUGACCACGACCGAAGACGGCUGCUGUCGGAUCUGUUCGCCCCAGGGACAGGAGCGAUGCGCCGUCCAGAAACUGACCCUACCGGUCACCCAGCACGGAUGCCGAACGGCCGCACCUGUGGACUUCACCUUCUGCAAGGGCAACUGCAAGGAUACGGCCUCCAUAUACUCCCUGGAUGCCCUCGCCCUCCUGAGGCAGUGCAUCUGCUGCCAAGAGCGGGAGACAGAGCAGCGGAGCGUCGUUCUUCACUGCCCCGACGGGUCCAGCCGGGACUACUCCUACAUCUAUGUCAGGGCCUGCGCCUGUGUCCAGGCCUCUUGCCGCGCACUUCCACCCGCAACCGCCCCGGCCCGAGCCCCACGUGCGGAGGUUGGCCAGUCAUCGGAGGAAGAGGAGGACGACGAGGAGGAGGACGAGGGCUUCCACUGACGCCGGGCCCCGAAGCUCAAAGGCGUCUCCCUGUUUCUUUCCUGGACCCCCAGGACAUCUCUCUGUGCUCCCCCAGCUUCUUUUCCACUUCCUUCAGCGUCUUCUGACAAAAUGCUAUUGAGGGUCACGCAGCCCGGAUCAGAAUUCGUUCAUUCAUUCAUUCCUUCAAUUGUAUUUGAGUGCUUACUGGGUGCAAAGCACUGU